AUGAAAAUGGCCACCUCUUCUCUUCACUCCUACACAGUCCACCAAACUCGAGCCACCAUUAACAGACUUCACAUUUUCUUCCACCUUAUAGCCAUAUUAGCCCUUCUCUACUACAGAAUCUCUCACCUCUUCCAUGGAGAUGUACCAGUCCUCUCAUGGUCGCUCAUGUUCAUCGCCGAGCUAAAUCUAAGCUUCAUAUGGUUCCUCAAUCAAGCUUUUCGGUGGCGGCCCGUGACACGGGCCGUUUACCCAGAAAAUCUCCCCGGGGACGAGGAGUUGCCAGGUAUUGANGUAUUAGCCCUUCUCUACUACAGAAUCUCUCACCUCUUCCAUGGAGAUGUACCAGUCCUCUCAUGGUUGCUCAUGUUCAUCGCCGAGCUAAAUCUAAGCUUCAUAUGGUUCCUCAAUCAAGCUUUUCGGUGGCGGCCCGUGACACGGGCCGUUUACCCAGAAAAUCUCCCCGGGGACGAGGAGUUGCCAGGUAUUGACGUGUUCAUAUGCACCUGUGAUCCUAAGAAGGAGCCAGUGAUUGAGGUGAUGAACACGGUGGUGUCUGCCAUGGCGCUGGACUACCCACCAGAAAAACUAGCCGUAUAUCUUUCCGACGAUGGUGGUUGUGCCUUGACAUUGUUCGCCAUGAAAGAAGCUUGUUGUUUUGCAAGGUCUUGGCUUCCAUUUUGCAGAAAAUAUGGAAUCAAGACUAGAUGCCCUGAAGCCUAUUUUUCAUCGUUUGGUGAUGAUGAACGUCUUCUUUGGAGUGAUGAAUUCAAGGAAGAGGAAGACAAAAUCAAGUUGGCAUAUGAAUGGUUCAAGAAAAAUGUGGAGAAAGCUGGCAUAGAUGACUCCAUGGUCCAUGAUCGGCCUCCUUGUGUUGAGGUAAUACAUGAUAAUAGGAAAGAUGACCAAAUAAAGAUGCCACUUCUUGUUUAUGUAUCCCGAGAGAAAAGACCAUCUUACCCUCAUCGUUUCAAGUCUGGGGCAUUGAACGCUCUUCUUCGAAUUUCGGGGAUAAUGAGCAAUGCCCCCUACUUACUUGUGUUAGAUUGUGACAUGUACUGCCAUAACCCUGCGUCUGCCCGACAAGCACUGUGCUUCCAUCUUGACCCCCAGAUGUCUCCCUCUCUUGCUUUUGUACAAUACCCGCAAAUAUUCUACAAUGUUAGUAAGAAUGAUAUCUAUGAUGGCCAAGCAAGAACAGCUUAUAAGACAAAGUGGCAAGGCAUGGAUGGGCUAAGAGGUCCACUUUCCACUGGUACAGGCUAUUACAUAAAGAAAAAGGCAUUAUAUGGGAGUCCUAAUCAAGAGGACGCGUUUCUUCUGGAGCCAGAAAAGAACUUUGGUUUGUCCAGCAAGUUCAUUGAUUCACUGAAUGCUACUAAGGAACAAGAUAUCAAAGGGGAUGGAAUUAUAUCAGAUUCAAUCUUAGAAGAAGCUAGAACUUUGGCCUCUUGUACCUUUGAUCAAAACACCAAAUGGGGUAAAGAGAUAGGUUACUCUUAUGGUUGUCUGUUGGAGAGUGCGAUGACGGGGUAUCUUUUGCACUGCAAAGGGUGGACUUCAGCUUACCUUUAUCCAGAAAGGCCAUGUUUCUUGGGUUGCACCACCAUUGACCUCAAUGAUUCAUUGUUUCAGCUCAUGAAAUGGUCCUCUGGAUUGAUUCAAAUUGGCCUCUCAAGGAUCAGCCCUCUAACAUAUGGCAUGUCAAAGAUGCCAAUACUUCAAAGCAUGUGCUAUGGGUUCAUGCAGCUAUCACCUCUUUCCUCCAUUGGUCUCCUGUUAUAUGCCAUUGUUCCUCAGUUGUGCCUGUUAAAUGGCGUCCCCACGUACCCCGAGGUUUCAGACCCAUGGUUUGCAGUGUUUGCAAUUGUCUAUGCAUCCUCCCUUUGUCAUCAUCUCUAUGAAGUUUUCUCUACUGGUGGCUCAUUCGCAACAUGGCGAAAUGAACAGAGAAUGUGGAUGAUGACUGUUGUUACAGCAUGCUUGUUUGGUUGCCUAGAUUUUGUACUGAAGACACUAGGCAUAAGAAGAGACAAUUUUAGGUUAACAAACAAAGCAGUUGAACAAGAGAAGCUUGAAAAGUACAAAAAUGGGAGAUUUGAUUUCCAAGGGGCUGAGAUGUUCAUGAUCCCUUUGAGAUUGUUAGUCAUAUUGAACUUGGUAUGCUUUGUCGGUGGGCUGAAAAGGUUGGUGAUUGAGAGAGACUUUGAGGAUAUGUUUGGACAGGUUUUCCUCUCCUCUCUAAUUCUGGCUUUCAGCUAUCCAAUCCUUGAAGACAUGAUUCCAAGAAAAGGCAAGUGA